UUGGGCUCCACGCUGGGAAAGAGCUCAGAGUGGGAUAGAAGGGACGGCAGGCGAACGGGUGUCUCAGGGCGGCUUCACGACACCGCGGCAGCGCUGUUCCUGGGUACCGAGCGGCACAGAGCAGAACCCCGCGGCCGUAGCAACUGGUUCCCGCUUCCAGACGCCGACAGGGACUCGACAGAGCGACUCGGGCCGGCGCUGGGGAAAAAAACCUGUGGUUGCGAGAGAGAGCAAGAAGACGUGCGCCCUGGUUGUGUGAACAGAGUCGCCUCUGGCUGAACUGGGCUGGGCUUCGGGGUCCCCAGAGCGGGAAGGCUGACGACCCACCGGAGCAGCCCACAAAGUGCCCGCCGGGGGUUCCCGCUUCGUCGUCCCGAAGCCGCUGAAGUUGUGGAGUUCCGGCGCGUCGCCUCGGCCCCGCCUUUGCUGAGCGAAACUUGGGACGCCACGAGUUUGUGGGAACUCUUUGCCUUCUCUCUCUCUCUCCCACCCAGCGACCCACCCAAAGGAGCCGGACCGGGCUGGAGUGAGAGCGGCUCCCCCUGGACAGCCGCCCCGGCCCACCGAGGAGAGCGGAGCGGACUCGGCACAACAAGGGUCUCGGGAGCCUCGGCCAAGCAGCGCUCGGGCGCCACGCAGGACCCUCCCACGAGGGGUGGGGGGGUGGCCGAAGCCACAGUCGCUGGGCGCCCGUCCCCUUCCCGGAGCGAGAAGGGAGGCGAGAGCGGCUCCGAGGGGUGUGCGCGCUCGCCUUCGCGCCCGGGUCCCUUUCGGCCGCCGAGCGAAGACUUCGCUGGACUUAUUUAUUGCUUUCUCCUCUUUUUUGUUUUGUUUUAUUUUUCCGCCUCGAUGGUCCUGCUGAAGCGUCGCAGCUGAAAGCUCCUCCGCGGGUCGAGUCCAAAACUCUCCGUUUCUGCGAAAAGUUUGAGGAGUGGGACUGAGAAGCCCAUGCCUUGUGGCGAAAAGGCAAGACUUGAAUCGAUCCGCUUUUUCAUUGUUGAAAGAGUUUGGCUGCCGCUGUUCUUGUGAACAUCGCAGUUGUCUAUAAAGGUCGGACUCUUUUUCGUGUUAACUUUUUGAAGGGGUGAGGAAUAGCAGCUCUCUUUCCCCCCUUGGUUUGUUUCUUGGCUCUGAACAGGACAGGACCUGUGGACUGUAUUCUAUGACUGCAAAGAUGGAACCUACAUUCUACGACGAUUCCAUGAGUGCUACCUUUGUCCAGCCAGAAAGUGGUACUUAUGGAUAUAACAAUCCCAAGGUUCUGAAACAGAACAUGACACUCAACUUGUCUGACCCCUCCAGCAGCCUCAAGCCACACCUGAGAAACAAGAAUGCUGAUAUCCUGACCUCUCCAGAUGUGGGCCUUCUCAAACUGGCUUCUCCUGAACUUGAAAGGCUAAUUAUCCAGUCUGGCAAUGGACUGAUCACUACCACACCAACCCCAACCCAAUUCCUCUGUCCUAAAAAUGUCACUGAUGAACAAGAAGGCUUCGCUGAAGGCUUUGUCAGGGCUCUUGCCGAGCUACACAAUCAGAACACUAUGCCAAGUGUUACCUCUGCUGCCCAGCCAGCAAACACAGGCAUGACCCCUGUCUCUUCCAUGGCAGGAAACAAUGGCUUCAGUGCCAGCUUGCACAGUGAGCCUCCAGUCUAUGCCAACCUCAGCAAUUUCAACCCAAACACACUCAGUACAGCACCUACCUAUAAUGCGAGCAACCUAGGCUACCCUCCACAACAUCAUCUGAACCCCCAGAUGCCAGUGCAGCAUCCACGCCUUCAAGCUCUGAAGGAAGAGCCUCAGACUGUCCCAGAAAUGCCUGGGGAGACUCCUCCCCUCUCUCCUAUUGACAUGGAAUCCCAGGAGAGGAUCAAGGCAGAGAGGAAGCGCAUGAGAAACCGAAUCGCAGCCUCCAAGUGCCGGAAAAGAAAGUUGGAGCGGAUUGCCAGGUUGGAAGAAAAAGUGAAAACUUUGAAAGCCCAGAACUCAGAACUUGCAUCCACUGCCAACAUGCUGCGAGAACAGGUUGCACAGCUGAAGCAGAAGGUCAUGAAUCAUGUCAACAGUGGGUGCCAGCUCAUGCUCACACAGCAGUUGCAAACUUUUUGAAGAGACUGAAAAGUAACUCUGUGAUAGGGAGGAAAUUGAGCAAAAGAAGCUGGGAGGUGGAAAGCUCACUUGGGAAGGAGCAGCAGGAGGAAAAGGCUUCUCCCACCACUACCACCUCCAGUGCAUGCAUGGAGAGAGUGGUAUGCCUUUUGGUCUGAGGUGGUGGCAUACCAGCUGAAAGUAAUACAGCUCUCCCAAGUGCUGUUCUUGCUCAGAUGAGGCAUGUUGGAAGCCCUGGGUUUUCUUUUUUUUUUCUUUUCUUUUUUUAACAUUGACCAAGACCUGCAUGGACCUAACAUUCAAAGAUCAUUCAGUAUUAAAGGUUAAACUGCAGUAGACACUGCAGAUUGCUUUCUCUUAGUACUCCUUAAAAAGAGAGAAUGGGGAGGGAGUUUGUGGGAGGCUAGGAACAGAAGCUGAACUAUGCUGCCUGCCUUUGAAUCAAAUUGUGUAUGUACAUAUACUUUUUAAUUUUAUGACAGCCAAUUAAUGUCAAGUAAAACUACUUCAUGACUUUAUAAGUUAUUUUUAUGUUUGUGUGGGUUCUGCCCAGUAUUGUUUGUAAAUAAGAGAUUUUUUUAGCAACCUUGAGUUUUUUCCAUUUGUAAUAAAGUAUAUAAUUUUUUAUGUUUUAUUCUGAAUACGAAAUGAAGAAAGGGUAGAUCAUAUUUAAGAAAACAUGAUUAAUAUUUCACCCACUUUCUUUGAUAAGUGCCAUUAAAGCUGCAGUCCUGUAUAGUCUUACCUAGAUGUAAGUCUCUUUGAACUUGGUGGGGCUUACUUUUGAGUAGACAAACAUAAGAUUAUGUGGUCAGGCAUAUACAUGAUCAACUUGUUGUUAGAUAUGAAAACUGUUUACUAAUACUGUAAGUGGGGGGGUGGGAAACUAAGCUCUUCUAUAACUUCCACACUGGGUUAGUAUGUUACAGAAUUUUAAUUUGUCCUAAGGAAAAGAAGUUGUACUCCUGUUAUAACAGAGCUCUUUGUCUUGGUGCAGUAAGAUUCUACUCUGUCUCUUACAACUGGAAUACAAGAGGAUGUGUAAAUGUCCCUAUGUGGUGGGGGUAAAAACCUCCAAUAUAGUUUCUGCCUGUUUGGGCCAAUUUAAGUUGCAGCUUUCAUUAUCUGUUCUGCAAGGAGCGACUGGCAUAGUGUUCACAGAAAAAAAAAAAGUAGGAAGAACAAAUGGAUUAUUUUGUAUCCCUUGUACUGUGACAUCUGUCAAAUAUAUUUGGCUGUUUUCUAUCUUAGGUGCUCUAUGUUAAGCAAAUGUUCUUGAUGACUUGCCUUGAAGAUAGGGAAAAGUUUUCAAAAAGGGAACCUUCACCUGCAGAUUUGUCACCUUUAUGUUUUUGUUAACUCUUAGAUUUAAAAAAUGCUCUCUGUUCAUGUUGUCCAAUAAAAUCAUUCUAUUACUCUUUCAACAAA